UUCACUCGGAUUCCUGCAGGAAGCUGCAAUAGCUUCGAGUCCAUUUCCAUCUGUUGACCCUCGACGGCGGAGAGGGAGAGGGAGAGGGAGACAGAGGGGAGACGCACAGACACAGACACACAGAGGCAGAGACGGAGACACAGACACACACACAGGGCAGGAGAGGCGGAGAGCGUCUGGUCGACAGACUUAGCCCCGGAGCGCCUGUGAGACGAUGUUCCAUUAAUUCGGGGAUGGUUUGCGAGACUUUGGUUUGCGUGAGGAUCGGGGUGUAACGGGUGAAGGUUCACGCUGCCUCGCUGGAUCUUCUUCUCCGGGGUUUGACGGCUGCGUGUCUCCCUGGGGUUUGGUUUACCCCCCCACCCCCCCAAGGUGGUUUGGAUGUUCCCACUGGGAUUUGCUGCCUCUGGUUCUCCAUCCCUGGGAUGCGGCUUUGCGCCGGCUUCAGGAACGAGCCCUGACCCCGGACGAAGCCCCCGCCAUCCCGCACCGCCAAGCUGAGCAGAUUACGGAAGACCCUCGUCAAGAUGACCAGCCUCUUCCGACGGAGCAGUAGCGGCGGCAACUCCAAGGGCGGCUCCAGCACCGCCACCACCACCACCACCACCGCCGCCGCCGGCUCCACCGCCACCUCCUCGCCGUCCCAGCUCCUCAACAACAGCCGGCCGUCCCGGCAGGUUCGCAGGCUGGAGUUUAACCAGGCCAUGGAGGACUUCAAGGUCAUGUUCCCCAACAUGGACUACGACGUGAUCGAGUGCGUCCUGAGGGCCAACAACGGCGCGGUGGACGCCACCAUCGACCAGCUCCUGCAGAUGAACUUGGACUCUGGCCUUGACAAUGGCUACGACGACAGCUCGGACUCGGAGGACAGCAUCCCUGCAGAGAUCCUGGAGAGGACCCUGGAGCCGGACAGCUCGGACGAGGAAGCUCCCCCCGUGUACUCACCCCCAGCCUACGACAUGCACAUCUUUGACCGGCAGUACCACACCGUGCCCCCCCUGCCACCGCGACGGCUUGACAUCCAGAGUCCGAGUGGGGGUCAGUCUCAGAGACGGUACCGGAAUUGGAAUCCGCCAUUACUUGGGAACCUGCCCGACGAUUUCCUUCGGAUUUUACCACAGCAGCUGGAUGUGGUGCAGAACUCGCAGAAGGCCAAGGUGGCGGGGAGUGGCCAGGAGUCACAGGGCUCAUUGGACCAGGAGCGGAGGCUGAAGCAGUACCUGGAGGAUGAACGUAUCGCCCUCUUCCUGCAGAACGAAGAGUUCAUGAAGGAACUGCAGAGGAACCGUGACUUCCUGCUGGCACUGGAGAAGGAUCGGCUGAAGUACGAGUCGAUGAAAUCCAAGUCUACGAGCGCAAACGAGUCUUUGCCCAGCGACGACAUUAGUUUGCUGUCACCCGUUCCAGCCGACUCUGGUGCCACUGGUGCAGCUGAAGCAAGUGGGGUCGCUCUCGAUGAAGCCUUGUUCAGGGACAGACUCAAGCACAUGGGGAAAUCCACGAGGAAGAAGCUGUUCGAGCUGGCCCGCGCGUUUUCGGAGAAGACGAAGAUGAGGAAGUUGAAGCGAAAGCAUUCCUUAAAACAUCACACUCUUGGAACAGCUGCCUCAACAGCAAACCUGCUGGAUGAUGUAGAAGGGAAUUCUUGUGAUGAAGAAAUCCAGUUCAGAAAACAGACGUUGCAGGAGGCAGAUGAAGAAAAUAAGGAGAGAGAUUUAUGAUCCUGACAGCCUUGGACUGAAGGAGCCAUUCAGUGCUUACACAAAAAAGGACAAUUAGUCUUAACAGAUGAAGCUGGUGCCAGUUAAUGUAUAUCCCUUCAUCUGCUUUUUAAUCACUUUUUCUGCAAUGAUUGAGGCACAAUUAAAUGGGUGGGGGUGGGGACGGAGAGAUUCAGGUCACCACCAUUGUAAGUCAAGGGUCUGGGGUGCAUUUGCACUUCUUUAACCUUGCAGUUCUCUGAUGCUAGAUGUAUAUUUUAGUCUAGACCUGGGACACAAGGAAUUGCAGAUGCAGGAUUACCGAAAAAGUGCCAAAGUGCUGGAGUAACUCCGCGGGUCUGGCAUCACAUAUCUUGCCCCUUCUCUCUGUAUCUCAUACUUUUUGUCCUUUCAUUUUUGGCCAACCCACUACCUAUCAAAACCCCGCUUCCACCUAUCACUCACCAGACUAUAUCCCACCCCCCACCUACCUCCCCCACAAUCAAUCUGAAGAAAGGUCCCGACCUGAAACUUCACCUUGUCACCACCUUGUCACCUGCUGCUGCGUUACUCCAGCACUUUGUGUCUUUUAUUUUAAAUCUUGACCUUGCAGUUCUCUUGACCUUGACUUACAAUGGGCAGAGCACCAUCAGAGAGAUGGGACGAGUUUUUAACUGUAACCUUGUAUUCCAAUAUAUUUUGAUAGAAAAGGCCUUCUGCAGGCAUUGAAUUGUAUUUCAUAUGGACUGAUUCAACAAUGUAUUAACUCUUUAAUUCAGUAAUUAUAUUUGUCAAAUUAUGUCUUCUCACUUUCGAUGUGCCUAAUGAUGUACUGUAUGCGACAGACCAGAAUGCAUAAAAAUCACAUAAAUAUUCCUCUUGUAC